AUGAGCUUCAAUGACAACUUGGUCCCAAAGGCCGCUCCCAACGUGGGGUUUACAACAUAACAACUACGAAGUACAGACGGCUCCACACCAAAUCUCUUGACGAAUUCCCCGAUAUAAUACUGUACAUCUUUCAGCCGCUCGGACUCAGUAGAACGAGUCCAAAUUUCCAUAUCAGGCGGAGCCCGGGGAUAGGUGGCAUCCACUGUCUGGCGACGUCACUAUCAGUACUGCGCAUCUUCGUCCACUGCAGCGCAAUAGCGAGAGCAGAUGCAAUAACCCCUCCAUACCAUGGCUUCCGAUACUCCAGAGCCUUCAGCGACUCAACUGGCACAAGCACUCGUCGAAUUUUCUUUACGCGGCUCUUUUCCAGAAGAAAAUGUAUCGUCACUGCCUCUCAAGCCCGAUGCGCUGGCCGAAGCUAUCAAGGCCCUCGCAGAUGCCAGAGCUAAGCUCCAAGCAGAAAUUCAUGCGAUCAACGAGGAUACCGCCGACGAUGUACGAGCAUGGCAAACCAAUGCGCAAUCUGUCCAGGACGACAUGAUCCGGUCAAAAGCGCUAGCAAACGAAAUCAUCAAAACUUCUGAAGCACCGGCAGUCUCAGGGAAGGAUACCCACGAUGCCGAGGCAAAGGCCGAGUUUCUGGUUCGGGAGCUCAACUACAAUGCCCAAGUGCAGGAAGCUCUCAAAGGAAUCAGGACAGUCAACCGCACACUCGAUGAAGUUGAGAAAGCAAGAGAUGAGCGGAGGAUAUUGGAUGCGCUACACCUACUCGAACGAUCAUGGAAGGAACUUGAUGCCAUACCAGUCAACAAAUCCUGUCGGGCAAUCAAAUUGCUGGAUAUCAGAGCUUUUGAACUCAAAUCUGAUGUUCAUGAGGUUUUCGACCAUGUGUGGAACACGCUUAUCAAUGUUGAUGUUGAGAAGCAUACGGUCUCUAUGAGCAGCGGCCGGGAUGAUGAACCUAUGAGUCUCUCGGAUGCGGUGAUAGGUCUGCAAGCCUACAAGGAGGUUGACAGACGUACGGCUCAGCUCUGGGCCAGCCUUAAUGCGGCUGUCCUAGUUCCCAGAAUGGAUAUGGAGAGAGAGACCUUGCCGGGCAUUCAAAUACGAGAUAACACUCUGGAAGUAAAAGGUACGACAGAUAAAUCUGUCGAGUCUUUAUUCACCGAUCUCGAAAAGGUUUUUAGGUUCCUUGUUGAAAGAUUACCCGGUGACUUGGUCGAGACCAUUUCCCCCACCCUUCUUCCAGGGGUAAUACACCGAGUAACCAGUAUAUGGCUUGAUUCGGCCGUGCCAUCGUCUUUGAACGACAUGGCGAGGUUUCAACAAAUCAUCGCUCUCGCCAAAAGCUUCUGUGCGACACUACGGAAACUGGGAUUCACAAAUCUGGGAGAUUUACAAGAGUGGACGGAAAGUGCCCCGAGGGUAUGGCUCUCCAAGUGCAGGGAAGCCGCAUUGGAUGCGGUCCGCACAAAGCUGUCGAAAGGCUUUGGUGAACCGACCCGGGUAGAAAAGAUCGAGAAGCAGAUGGUGUCAAAGUCAGAAGGUCAACAAAUAGCGGCCAAUGGGGCAGCAGCUGUUGAUGACGAUGGAGAAGGAUGGGGUGAUGCUUGGGGUAUUGGGGAUGAUGAGCCACCAAAAGAAGAGCCAAAAGAGGUGGAGAAGAAGGCAGCUGCCAAACCGGCAGAUGACGGUGACGAGGACGUAGCGGAUGCUUGGGGAUGGGGAGAUGAGGCUGCCGAGGAGGACCAGGUCAUUGAGGAGACACGGAAGAAGACCGAGAUAGAAGACGAGGAUCCAGCUGAUGCUUGGGGCUGGGGUGAUGAUACUAAUAAUGACGCGCCUACGGCUACAGCGACAGCUACAAAAUCUGAGCCAGAGAUCAGGGAAUUAGUGUUGAAGGAGACAUAUAGCAUUUCAUCGAUGCCACAUCCUGUCUUGGACCUAAUAGCAGCCAUUGUGGAAGAUGGUGCGGCUCUGACCCAGGACAGGCACGCGAGUAGCCCGGUAGCAGCAGCCGCGGCUGGACUGUUCGGUGUGCCGACUCUUGCGCUGGCAUUAUUCAGAGCCAUCUCGCCUCACUACUACGCUCCAAAGGAGGGUGGGAAUAUGUUCCUCUACAAUGACGCAACCUGGCUAUCGGAAAAACUAGCGGAUUUCUCGGCCACCUGGAAAACCCGCCAUGAUAUCAGCACCCGAGCGCAAAACAUGCUGAGACUAGACAACGACGUCAAGGCUCUUCAAGGGUUUGCCAACCGCGCCUACACGAACGAGCUCAGUCUCAAAAAGAUGAUGCUGCGGGAUCGGUUGGGGGGUGAGCAAAACCUUUUGCAGCUGGACGACACGGAAUCCUACGUUGCGUCGGCGGUCUCGAUGGUUAGGUCGAUAGCGCUGGAGUGGGAGCCCAUCCUGGCGAAAUCUGUGUGGCAGCAGGCGGUUGGGUCGAUGGUUGACGCGUUGGCGUCGAAGAUUGUUUCUGAUGUGAUGGAUCUGCCGUCUAUUGGGCAGGAGGAGGCGUAUAAUAUCGCGAAGCACAUCGCUUCGGUGGAGGAGCUGGAUGAUUUGUUUUUGCCGAGCAAGGGGGAGGUGCCGUUGACAGCGCAGUUUGCGGGGAGCUGGUUGAGGUUGAAGUACUUGAGCGAGGUGCUGCAGAGCAAUUUGAGGGAUGUGAGGUAUUUGUGGAUGGAGGGGGAGCUGAGCUUGUAUUUUGGGGUGGAGGAGGUGCUGGAUUUGAUCGGGGCUAGUUUUGAGGAUAAUGCGAGGACGAGGGAGGUGGUGAGGGAGAUUAGGGGGAAUCCGAGGCCUAGGGGGGAGUAGUGGGAGGUUGGAGAGUACGUUGUUCAUGCAGCAUCGUUGUUGGCAAAGGAAGCUUGCAGCCAACACAGUCCAGACAGUAUAGAUGUAUUCAAUGGCGUUCUUUUUAGCGUUGGUCGAUCCGAUUCACAUGCAAGCCAUUGAAUAUAUACCUGGUUAUUUAUUGCGGAGGGUGGAGUCUCUG